AUGGCCACCUCUCCAAACAGCCACCUGAGGGACAGUACAUUGACUCUUGUGAAAGGUUUGAAUGCAGGAGUUAUUUCAAAAGUAGGUUGAGUUUGAUCGUCCAGGUGAACGUAGUCCUGAAUAGGAUUGUUGUUGUUGACAGUGACUGACAUUUCGACAACCUGUGCUGUAGUCUUCUUUUUGACUCCGAAGGUGACUACCACACAGGUUGUUGAAAUGUCAGUCACUGUCAACAACAACAUUCCUAUUCAGGACUACCUUCACCGGGACAAUCAAACUCAGUACAUUGACUCUUGUUUAAACCUCCUUACAAUGGACACAGUCUUCUCUCCCCAAGGUGGCUGUUUUGGAGAGGUUCAAAUGUAUUAUAACUUUUAAGUAAAAAAGGCCAUAAUUUAAACCUAAAAUAUUAAUUUACUUUAGCAUCAGCUGUAAAUUAAGUUAGUCCUCAUUCAUUUUAUGUACAUUUUAAACUUCAAAUUUCUUUUCUCCCAUUUGGCUGGUAUGUUUGAUGAAAAAUAAUUCACUAUCAUUUCUUUUCAGAUAAAGUAUUUAUAAAAUCCACCCACUCUUAAUGAAUGUGCUCUUUUUUUCACUCAUGGUUGAAUUCAGAUAAAUUGAUAAUUUCAUGCAGAGGCACUUGCCAUCUUCUUCUAACUGUAAAUUGAUUUCCACCCACAGAAAAGUUUUGUUUUAAUGCUUAAUUUAAAGGUGUUAUGAUACUGAAAUUUAACUUAAAUAUAGAUAAAUUCAUAAAUUAUUCUUUUUCUAUUUACAUGCGUUUACAAUUAUUGUAAACACAUGUAUCUGCAAUUUGUUGGUUCUCUAAAACUUCCUGUAUUGUAUCCCUAAUGUGUUCCUGGUCCUUUAGUCAGCUGCCUUUGAAAAAGCUUUGAAAGUGCUCAAAGGUUGUAAGAACAACUUCAGACAUUUUCAGAAGCUUUCAGAAGUCUUUGGAAAAUCAAAAAUAUACAGAAAAUUCUGGGAUGUUUUUGGAAACUCAGGUCAUGACAAGAUGAAAAUCUCACGCAUUUGACUUGAAUGUUUUGGAGGUAUAAGGCAUCAGUAAGUCCCAGACUUUUCUUCACACAUUUGCUGUAUAAUGAACCUGCAUUUAAGCAGACACUAGACACACAGUUUCCUUCUGAUCUGAGUACACUUAAUGGAAUCAGUCAUUUUCCAAGCUAACUCUAACUCUUUGCAAAAAAGGAACAUUGAAACGACCGUUCUUCUUGCUUAACCCUCAACAAUAAAAAUCUAAUUAGCAUAUAACUUGAAAUCCAGUUUUCAGACUUCCUGACCCUUUUACAGGUGAAAACAGAAACCGAAAAAUGUAUAGCCUUGAUGCAUAACAAAUACAGUGCUUUCUCCAAGAAGUGUUAUUAAAUAAUUUAAUGAAUAGUGGCUAUUUUUAAUAGGUUUUUUGUGUAUAAGUGUAUAUUAUUGUUUACUGAUGUAGCUUUUAGUUCUCUUUUUUUUGUUUUGUCCAAAAAAAAAAAAAAGGUCAACACCAGCAAGAGUCUGAAUUAAGGUCAUGACUGACCUAAUGUAGCUUUCACUGUUCUAUUAAAGACUGUUUUGUAGCUUCUUUAUAAGAACUCACUGAUAAAAUAGUGAAUAGCUCCAAAUACUCCUUAAGUCAAUAAGACAUAGUAUGUUCAACUCUCUUAUAGCAACUACUUCUGGUACAUGUGUAAGCAACCACCACCACUUUUUCAAAAACUCUCUCGUAAGCAACCCUAACUCAAAUUUCUUUGGUAACUAUGGCCAUUGGCCAGAAAAUUGACAUUCUGUUUUGCUUUGUUUUUCUAGUAAGCAGCCAUCUGACAUGAUUGCAUGAUAAUUAGAAAAUCUUUACUCAGAUCUCACGAAAGUUCAAUUUUAAAAGCGUGAACCCAAGCUGCAUGUUAACAGAUAAUAAUCUGACUAACAAAAAAGAUGCUUCGUAGCAAAAUAAUCAAGAUAAGCCCCAUUGGUCUGAAGUGCAGUUUUACCCCACCUUAAAUUAUAGCGUAGCUGUCGCUUGCUGUGUCAUAUUCAGGGUUGGCUGUGGACAAGCAAGGGCACUGUAUUCAGUAAGUAUUUUGAUUUUUUCACCCAGAUUUAAAAUUUGUCUUUUUACAGUUUCAGAGAAAGACAGUUACUGAUUGACUGGAAAGAAUACUGUCAAGGUAGAAAUGUUUCAUAACUGCAUCUUUUUAUUUUAAUAAUUAUUGAACUGAUAAUAGGUAACAAAAGGUGAUUCAGGAGGCCAUUCAUUCAGGAGGCCCAAUUAUAUAAAUUAUUGUGCAGUUCAUUGAUUUGUUGAUCUUGGAUACAUGUAUAUAGUGUUAACUACCAUGAGCCAUGCCGACACAGUGAUUUAACAAAAUGAUGCUUGCAUGGUUUUAACAAGUUUUACUGUAUAUCCCUUUGCAACAAUUUUGCAACACUGAAUGUGAUUAGAUAUUAAGUAUAAAAUGGCAUUUACCUAAUAACUCAGGGGCAAGAGAUUUUGAAGUACUUUAUAGAGCUUAGGUUAGCCUAGCUUGAUCAGAUUUGAUGUGUCUGGCUUUGCAAUGGCCCAACAAAAACCUUUACACAAACAAAACAAUGUUACUCAUCCAAAGAUGAUAUAGCUAGUAUUCAUUUGUUGGUGGGUAACGGCCUCAUUCAGGGUGCAAAGAAAGUUGGUUUUACUGCUUGCCUGAUUUAGGCAAGUUGUCACUAGUAUGUACUACUAAGCCCAAGAGUCUUUUAAGUAGCCCCUAAGAAAUUUUGAUGUGCAGCAUUGAUUAGUUCUUCUGUAAUUUGAAUUUCCCCAAAAACUUCACUUGCCCUUCGGGCAAGUUAAGAACAGGAUUCAAUUGUCCGAUUGCGAAAUCCACUAGCCCCUUGCUACUAGACACAACUUUCUUUGCAUGCUGCUUAUUACAAAGUGGAGUUCAAAUAAUUAAUAUAAUAUGCUGGCAUGAUGAUUUCAAAGGUAUCCAGAUAUUUUCCUGUAUAUUUCUAUCGAGUGCUGUUUCCAUCUUGGACUAGAAAGCAUUUCCUUUUCUUAUGUAGUUUGAGCUUAAAAGAGCUAAAAGCUAGAGAAAGAGAGGGGAAAAAGGUAACCUGGUAAAACACCCUGUACUGAAUGCUGCUACUAAUUUCUGUGUGACUUUUGGGUGACAAACUUGCUAAAAUUCAAUAUUGGUGGAAAGAUUCUGAGGUGUCAUCAGACUACUUUGGGAUCUCAGACUGGCUAAGUUGGAUUUAUAAAAACAGUUCUUUGGUAGCUAAAAAGUGCCCUCGGCAAAGCCUGGUUUGAUCAUUCCCUGUGAACCUUUCUCUAUUACCCUUUUGUCACUUAAUGAGAUACAAGGGUUGUUGUAAUUCAGCAAAUUCAAUCCUCCAGUUAUUUUAAAACCCUGACUGUUUGUCUGGCCCGGGGAAUCAAACCCAUGACUCCCUGUUCUGCAGUCAACCAACUGAGCUAGUCCUGCCGCCUACCAAGAAGAGAUUACCUCACAUUUAUUAAUAUCAACUUAUAAAGUUUUGCAUAACAAAGCUAACUUAGGAAGCGUGACAACUGAUCAAUAUUGACUUGUGAAAUUUGCUUGUUGUUUUUCAGAUUAAACAGAUUAAAGUCUCCAAUCUACUCUUCAUAUCUGCAUUCUUGCAACUAGAGCACAAAGGUAAUCUACACUGGGGAGAAAGUACAAGG